AAUGGGACUGCUUCAGUUUAUAAAGGAUUAUUUUAUUGGUUUCUUGGACUAUGAGACCCCCAAGGUAAUGGUGGUUAAAAACAAAAAACUUGGAGUCAUAUAUAGAGGGGUUCAGUUUUUUGUGAUCACCUAUUUCAUCUGGUAUGUCUUUAUCAGUCAGAAAGCCUAUCAGGACAGUGAGACAAGGCCAGAGAACUCAGUCUACACUAAGAUGAAAGGCACAGCACUGCAGGGGGACCACGUUCUGGACAUGGUAGAAUACGUCCGACCCUCAGAGGGCGGUGACGUGAUCAGCACAAUACUGAGACGAGUGGUCACACACAACCAGAGGCAAGGCACGUGUGCUGAGCAUUUUACCGUUCCCAAUGCCAACUGCUCAAAGGACUCGGACUGCAUCUCAGGAAAAGUGGACUUUGAUGGCAAUGGACAGAGAACUGGGCGCUGUGUUCCUUACUAUAACCAGACCUUCAAGACCUGUGAAAUUCAGACCUGGUGUCCUAUUGAGGACUAUGCGGCAAUACGGGAGCCGGCAUUAGUAGAGGCCAUCAAUUUCACUGUUUACAUCAAGAAUGCCAUCCAUUUCCCCAAAUUUAAAGUGUUUAGAGGAAACAUCAAACCAAACAAACGAAAUGGGCAGAAAUAUCUGAAUAAGUGUCAUUACAAUGAGGAGAAACACCCCUACUGCCCCAUCUUCCGGCUGGGUUACAUCGCAGAACAGGCCAGGGAGAAGUUCAGCGAGCUCUGCAGGACUGGGGGAGUGAUUGGAGUCUUCAUUAACUGGAAGUGUGAUCUUGACCUGGACCCCUCGGAGUGUAAACCCACAUACUCAUUCCGUCGCCUGGACCUUCGGAAGAACCUGCCCAGCUCUGGUUACAACUUCAGAUUUGCCAAGUAUUACAGCAAAGAUGGAGAAGAGUUCCGGACACUUAUCAAGGCCUUUGGGAUUCGUCUUGAUGUAAUAGUUCAUGGAAAUGCUGGACGAUUCAGCAUAAUCCCAACUAUCAUCAACACAGUGACAGCCAUGACAUCAGUUGGAAUAUGUUCCAUUAUCUGUGACUGGAUCAUGCUCACUUUCAUUGACAAGAACGCUAUCUACAGUGGCAGAAAGUUUGAUGAUGACAGUAAAGUUCCCAAACCCAGCCAGACCUUCACACUUCCCACAGAAUUCACCAUCAUCAGCUAUGGCUCCACCCACUCAGACCUGUCAGAUGGAGUGGCCCUGUGACAUCCCAUCCCCACAGUGCCCUCUGGCCACAUCAGUCUUUGGCCACAUGCAUGGAUGAUGUUCUUCCUCAGACACCUGACUGCUGAUCAGACGGAUGGGACAGACAGACGACCUUUACCCCCAAGCAGUCUCAGAUGUCCUCAGCGAGACCUCCUUGAUGGGUCAACCUCUGUCCCUGCGGGAUUUAACUGAA